CCUGGCGCUGCGAGAAGCGGCGGGGCAAGCCGGGGGCUCUAGUGAACAGCGCAGCCGGGCGGAGAUCGCCGGAGGUCGGCGAGCGGAGGCGGCCAGGGCCCGGCGGUCUCCGAGAUGUCACGAUGGCUGUGGCCGUGGUCGAACUGUGUGAAGGAGCGGGUCUGCCGCUACUUACUGCACCACUACUUGGGUCACUUCUUCCAGGAGCACCUCAGCCUGGAGCAGCUCAGCCUGGAUCUGUACAAGGGCAGCGUCGCCCUGCGGGACAUCCACCUGGAGACCUGGUCUGUCAACGAGGUGCUAGAGUCCCUGGAGUCACCGCUGGAGCUGGCGGAGGGCUUCGUGGGCGCCAUCGAAGUGGCCGUGCCUUGGGCCGCACUGCUCACUGACCACUGCACCGUACGUGUAUCCGGCCUCCAGCUCACCCUGCAGCCCCGCCGCAGCCCAGGGCCAGGCGCCACCGACGCACAGAGCUGGGCCUCGUGCAUGACCACAAGCCUGCAGCUGGCGCAGGAGUGCCUGCGGGACGGGGGCCCCGAGCCCUCGGAGCCGCCCCAGCCGCUGGAGGGGCUGGAGAUGUUCGCCCAGACCAUCGAGACGGUGCUGCGGAGGAUCAAAGUGACCUUCCUGGAUACUGUCGUGAGGGUGGAGCACGUGCCGGGGGACGGGGACCACGGUGUGGCGGUGGAGGUCCACGUGCAGAGGCUGGAGUACUGUGACGAGGCCGUGCGGGACCCCAGCCAGGCGCCCCCUGUGGACGUCCACCAGCCCCCCGCCUUCCUGCACAAGCUGCUGCAGCUCUCAGGGGUCCGCCUGCACUCUGAGGAGCUCCCUGCGCAGGGAGACCCUCCGGAGCCCCCACUGCAGAUCGGCAGCUGCUCGGGGUCCAUGGAGCUGACGGUGAAGCUGAAGCAGAACGAGGCCUUCCCCGGCCCCAAGCUGGAGGUGGCUGGCCAGCUGGGCUCCCUGCACCUGCUCCUGACGCCGAGGCAGCUCCAGCAGCUUCAGGACCUGCUCACCGCCGUGAGCCUCGCGGAACCCGGGGGCCUGGCUGACAAGUCGAACAAGAGCCGCCCGCUCGGGGCAGAGGACCUGUGGCUGAUUGAGCAGGACCUGAACCAGCAGCUGCAAGCGGGCGCUGAGCCGCCCAGCCCCGAGCCCCUAGGCAACCCCCUCGUGCACCUGGACAGUGCCGACCUCUUCUUCUCCAUGGCGGGGGGCCUCACGAGCAGCGCCACUUCGGCCGUGUCAGAAAUGUCCCUCUCCGACGUGGACCUGGGCUCAUCCACGCACAGCAGCUCCACCCGCCGCCUCUCAGCCCAGGCCCCAGCCGCCGGCAAGCCGGCCCCUGCACCCCUCCCGGACACCCUGCGCCCUGACUCCCUGCUGAAGAUGACCCUGGGGGGGGUGACGCUGACCUUGCUGCAGACGGCCGCCCUGCCCCCUGCGCCCCCCCAGCUCCCCUGCCGCUUCUUCGCUGAGUUCGAGGCCGCCAAAGACAGCCCCUUCGGCUCCCGGGACUUCCAUCUGCUCCGGCCACGCUUCCAGAGGGCCUGUCCCUGCAGCCACAUCCGGCUCACAGGCGCAGCCGUGCAGGUGUCCUGGGAGCUGCGCUCGUGCCGGGGCCGCCGCACCGCCUCCACUGACCUGCACUUUGGGCAGCUUGAGGUGCUGGAGUGCCUGUGGCCCAGGGGUGCCGCGGAGCCAGAGUACACGGAGAUCCUGAGCUUCCCCAGCAGCUCUGGCUCCCAGGCCUCGGCUCGGCCCUGUGCCCACCUGCGCCACACACAGACCCUGCGCCGCGUGUCCAGGAGCCGCCCGCGGCGCCCAGCUGCCUGUCACUGUCACUCGGAGCUGGCCCUGGACCUGGAUGACUUCCAGGCAGACGUAGAGCUGGGGACCCUGGACCGCCUGGCCACCCUCCUGCGCCAGGCUGCCGCGCCCCCCGCCGAGCCGCCCUCUGGCCUGCUGACAGAGCCCCCACCCACCACGGAGCAGCAGACUUCCAUGAGGCUGUCUGCGCCCCGGGCCGUCCUGCGGUUAUGCUUCCCGGUGGCUGACCUGCGGCCUGAUCGGGACCCCUGGGCCGGCCGUGGGGUGCGGGCCGAGCAGCUGCGGCUGGAGCUGAGUGAGCCCCAGUUCCGGUCUGAGCUCAGCAGCGGGCCCGGCCCCCCAGCCCCCACCCGCCUGGAGAUGAGUUGCUCCGACCUCCACGGUACCUACGAAGACGGAGAGAAGCCCCCUGUGCCCUGCCUUCGGGUCUCCAGAGCUCUAGACCCCAACGGCCCUGGACACAAGUACCUCCUGCCCCAGGUGGUGGUGACCCUGAACGCCCAGCUCAGCAGCACGCAGUGGGAGGUGGCCCCUGAGAAGGGGGAGGAGCCAGAGCUGUCGGCAGAGAGUCCCUGUGACCUGCGGGAGCCUGAGCCCUCGCCCUUCUCCUCCAAGCGGACCAUGUACGAGACAGAGGAGAUGGUGAUCCCCGGGGACCCUGAGGAGAUGAGGACCUUCCAGAGCCGGGCGCUGGCGCAGUCCCGCUGCAGCCUGGAGGUGGUGUUCCCCAGCGCCCACGUCUUCCUGCCCAGCAAGGGCGUCUACGAGAACAUCUACAACAGGAUCAACAACGACCUGCUCAUGUGGGAGCCGGCCACCCUGCUGCCCCCGGCUGCCCCCGCCGCAGCCCGGCCCCCCAGCAUCCAGGACCCCUCAGGCUUCUGGGGCGACAGUUUCAAGAUGUGCAAGUCGGCCUUCAGACUGGACUCCGACUCAGACGAUGAGGACACCCACUUUUUCUCGGUGGGGCCAUCGGGGGCCCCCCAACCCCCUGCCCCUGAGGCCUCCCGCCCCCGAUCGCAGAGCGCCUUCUCAGCACAGGUGACGGUGCUGAAGGGCCGUGUGGCCGCCCUCUGUGAGACCAAGGACGAGGCUGGGCAACGACUGGAGGCGGUGCACGGGGAGCUGGUGCUGGAUGUGGAGCGGGGCACCGUGUUCAGCGUGUCCCAGUACCGCGGCCAGCCCGGGCUCGGCUACUUCUGCCUGGAGGCUGCCAAGGCCACGCUCUGCCACCAAGCAACGGUGGACGACUGCCCACUGCCCGGCCGUCUGGACAUACCCAGCUUCACACCUCCGCCCCAUCUCUCCCCGACCAUCUACCCGUCAGAGGAAGGGGUGAUGGAGCGGGGGGCCUCGGGCCGCAAGGGGCAGGGCCGGGUCCCCCACAUGCUGUCCACCGCCGUGCGUAUCCACCUGGACCCCCACAGGAACAUCAAGGAGUUCCUGGUGACACUGCGGCUGCAUCAGGCCACCCUGCGCCACUACAUGGCCCCACCCGGACACAGCUGGCACUCCCAGCUGCUGGAGUUCCUGGAUGUGUUGGACGACCCCAUCCUGGGCUACCUGCCCCCCACGGUCAUCACAGUGCUUCACACACACCUCUUCUCCUGCGCCGUGGAUUACAGACCCCUCCACCUGCCCGUGCGUGUCCUGGUCACCGCUGAGACCUUCACACUGUCCAGCAACAUCAUCAUGGACACGUCCACCUUCCUGCUCAGGUUCAUCCUGGACGACUCGGCCUUGUACCUGUCUGACAAGUGUGAGGUGGGGACACCAGAUCUGCGGCGAGAUUAUGUCUGUGUGCUGGACGUGGACCUCCUGGAGCUCGUGAUCAAAACCUGGAAGGGCAGCACUGAAGGCCGACUGAGCCAGCCCCUGUUCGAGCUGCGCUGCUCCAACAACGUGGUGCACGUGCACAGCUGCGCCGACUCGUGCGCGCUGCUGCUCAACCUGCUGCAGUACGUGAUGCGCGCCGGCGACCUGCACCCCCCACCCCGGCUCCCCAGCCCCACCGAGAUCGCCGGCCAGAAGGUGCAGCUCUCCGAGAGCCCUGCCUCCCUGCCCUCCUGUCCCCCUGUGGAGACGGCGCUCAUCAACCAGCGGGACUUGGCGGAUGCCCUGCUGGACACGGAGCGCAGCCUGCGGGAGCUGGCCCAGCCCUCAGGUGGCCCCCUCCCUCAAGCCUCGCCUGUGUCCGUCUACCUGUUCCCAGGUGAACGGGGCUCGGCCCAGCCCCCCUCGCCCCCCACUGGGGCCCCCGGAGGCGGCCCCCUGGGCGCCAAGAAGGAGGCCAAGGAAGAGGAGGGGGACGGGGACAUACUGGACAGUGAUGAGUUCUGCAUCCUCGAUGCUCCUGGCCUGGGCAUCCCGCCCCGAGACGGGGAGCCCGUGGUGACGCAGCUGCAGCCCGGCCCCAUCCUGGUGCACGACGGCCACUUCUCCCGGCCGCUGGGCAGCACUGACCUGCUGCGGGCGCCCGCCCACUUCCCGGUGCCCAGCAGCCGCGUGGUGCUGCGCGAGGUCUCCCUCGUCUGGCACCUCUACGGGGGACGCGACUUCGGCCCCCACCCCGGCCGCAGGACAAGAGGCCUCGCGGGCCCCCGGGGGUCCCCGUCUCGCUGCGCCAGCGGCAACCGGCCCCAGAACUCAUGGCGGACGCAGGGGGGCAGCGGGCGGCAGCACCACGUGCUCAUGGAGAUUCAGCUCAGCAAGGUCAGCUUCCAGCAUGAGGUGUACCCUGCCCACCCCCAGCCCGCCACACCCCCCACGCCUCCCAGCCUGGAGGAGCGGCCGCUGUCCCGCCAGGUGUUCAUCGUCCAGGAGCUGGAGGUUCGAGACCGGCUGGCCUCCUCCCAGAUCAACAAGUUUCUCUACCUGCACACCAGCGAGCGCAUGCCACGGCGAGCCCACUCCAACAUGCUCACCAUCAAGGCUCUGCACGUGGCACCCGCCUCCCACCCGGGGGGGCCCGAGUGCUACCUGCGCGUCUCCCUAAUGCCCCUGCGGCUCAACGUGGACCAGGACGCACUGCUCUUCCUUAGAGACUUCUUCAGCAGUCUGGCGGCCGGCAUCCACCCCGUGGUCCCCGCCGAUGCCUCUGAGGCUCACCCUGACGCCCACGUCCAGCCCAGCAGCGCCCAGGAGGGCCAGCCCGAGGGCGGAGAGAUGACCGGCUCCCCGGAGGCUGCAGAUGGCGGGCAAGGGGCCACGUCCGCUGAGCUGCAGCCCAUCUACUUCCGGGAGUUCCGCUUCACAUCGGAGGUGCCCAUCUGGCUGGAUUACCACGGCAAGCACGUCACCAUGGACCAAGUGGGCACGUUUGCCGGCCUCCUCAUCGGCCUGGCCCAGCUCAACUGCUCUGAGCUGAAACUCAAACGGCUGUGCUGCCGGCAUGGGCUCCUGGGCGUUGACAAAGUGCUGGGCUACGCCCUCAACGAGUGGCUGCAGGACAUCCGCAAGAACCAGCUGCCCGGCCUGCUGGGGGGCGUGGGGCCCAUGCACUCGGUGGUGCAGCUCUUCCAAGGCUUCCGGGACCUGCUGUGGCUACCCAUCGAGCAGUACCGCAAGGACGGCCGCCUCAUGCGGGGGCUGCAGCGGGGGGCUGCCUCUUUCGGCUCGUCCACCGCAUCCGCCGCCCUGGAGCUCAGCAACCGGCUGGUGCAGGCCAUCCAGGCCACAGCCGAGACCGUAUAUGACAUCCUGUCGCCCGCCGUGCCUGUAUCCCGUUCCCUGCAGGACAAGCGCUCGGGCCGGAAGCAGCGCAGGGGCCAGCCGCCCGCUGACCUCCGUGAGGGCGUGGCCAAGGCCUACGACACCGUCCGAGAGGGCAUCCUGGACACGGCGCAGACCAUCUGUGACGUGGCAUCCCGGGGCCACGAGCAGAAGGGGCUGACGGGCGCCGUGGGGGGCGUGAUCCGCCAGCUGCCCCCCACCGUGGUGAAGCCCCUCAUCCUGGCCACCGAGGCCACAUCCAACCUGCUGGGGGGCAUGCGCAACCAGAUCCUCCCCGACGCCCACAAGGACCACGCGCUCAAGUGGCGCUCGGACGAGACCCAAGACUGAGCACCUGAGGGUGCUGCCGCCGCCGCGCCCCUCUGGGAGCCGGGGUCACAGCCCGGGGUGGGCCGGGCCCUGGGGAAGGACCUGCCGGCCAGUCUGCUGCCAACCUCUCCGGGAGCAGGGCCUCCGCCCCGGCCCCACCUCUGCACUUUUACUCGGGACAAAGGACACAGCUCCACCGCCCCCGGGCCACGCCGCUGCCUGGUCCCUGGAUGGACGGUGGGGGCUUUGGGGCCCUGGGACCCCAACCUCGCUAAGCCAAGUGUCUCUCUGCGCCACGAGCAGGGGUCCGACGUGGCGUGGCUGGUUCUGGAUGUUAUUUUUAAGCUCCCUGAGCUCACGGGCGGGUCAGUGUCUGCAUGAAGUGGAAUAAACUGGCCCUGCCCGCCA